AGCAGCAGCAGCAGCAGCAGCAGCAGCGGAUGAGGUGCAGAUGCAGCGAGAGCCGUAUCAGCUGCAAUUGAAGCAACAACAACAACAACAACAACAACAACAACAACAACAACAACAACAACAACAACAACAACAAUAACAACAACAACAACAACAACAGCAGCAGCAGCAGCAGCAGCAACAACAACAACAGCAGCAACAACAACAACUUAAACAACAACAACUUAAACAACAACUUAAAGAACAACAACAACAACAAAACGACGACGACACCACCACUGCACACACAUGCAGCGUUUGUGGGCUGUGGGAUACCAUGUGCACCACACUUCUACACUCGUCCCAACGCCAGCGCCCCCAACGAUCUGCCUUGUGUUCUCGUUGCACCCUUCGUUACAGAACUUUGCGCGCGCGCCACAACCGUUACUUUUUCAUUCGUUCCAUCUCUUCCAUCAAUCUUCGCUGUCGUGUUGUCGUAACGUUGAUUGGUGUAUCGCUUGAGUCUUGUUUGUCAGGUGUCCGCGAUUUGUCUCGUUAGGUCUUGCUUCUGUAGUGUCGACAUCACAGUGUGUGUUCGCUGACACCCCAGUGUUUGUCCGUUCAUUUCUUUUGCGCUCCCAAGUUCACUUGACGUCGCGCAUCUGUCCCACUCGCUUGUACUUGUCCAUCACGACCAUAUCUCCUUCCCCUCGCUCACUUCCGCCUCUUUGCAUCGCCAUGGCUGAUACCUUCGACACCGUCUCCACCGCCAACACCUCGACGCAGGUGGUGGACAAGGCCACAAUGAUGCGGGCAAUGACCCACGACAGCGGCGUGGACGUCGUUGCCGGCGUCAUCAGCGACAAGGCCACACCAACGUCUUCCCGUGUGCCAUCGCGCGUGCCCUCACUCGCCACCAUCAAGGAGGACACUGUUUCCACCCAGGAUGAGACCCUCUCAUUCAAGUCAACAAGCAGCGUCACCAGCACCAGCACCCGUGUGGAGAACAGCAAGCCGGCCACGGACACGAACGCCGUGUACGACGAGCACGAGAACACGUAUGCGCACAAGCAAGAGAUGCUGCGGCGCCGCUACAAGCACAUCAAGGAGCCAGCCACCGCCGGCCUGGUGAAGCUGAGCACGAAGAAGAGCACGUUUGACAUCAACCGUGAGUGGCCAUCCAUGCCCGAGGUUGCUAACUACGGCAUUGGCGAACGGCCCGUGCCCACCGCCUGCGACCACCUGCGCAUGCCCGAGCACAUCAAGCGCCAGUGGGCGAUGGAGAUGUACACCAUGUAUGACACGACGAAGCAGCGCGAGGAGCGGGAAGCCAUGAUGGAGCGGCGCUACCGCUGGAUCGAGGAGACGAGCAGGGAGGAGGACGGGCUGCCCCCACUCCCGAAGCACCGCAAGAAGCCUGCCUCCCGUGACCUCAUGUGAUGAGACUGAUGGCUGCUCUGCG